AUGGAUAAUGUAGGGGGUGUCAGGAAGUCCGGAUUGUCAUGCGCGGAAUGUCGCCGGGUGUUCCCGUGCCAGUCAUGUAUACGACGUGGAUGUGCGAAUAUCUGUCCAGAGGGGACUCUCGCCGCCACGAAAGGAAACAAAGUUCUGAUGGCUCAUGCUCAGCGGCUGUCAGAACAGGUAAAAAAUAUGACUGGGAGAAUCAAAGAGCUUGAAGAGGCACUUCAUCAAUCUCAGAAAUCCAAUCGUGGUGGAACCGAGCCACAUCCUCCUACUUCCCAGUCACACGAACAUGCUGAACUCCCCGAGCUUCGGACUAUCUACGAUGAUCAAGUUCUCGAUGUAUCAGAGAGCAUCGGAUCCUUAUCGAUUGAUGUCAAUGGCCGCACCAAAUAUCACGGCGAAUCCGUCGGGUCAGAGGUGAGGCAACCUAUUAUGGUCGUUUUUUCUGAUGGUUAUCCACCACAGCAGAGCGUCUCGACUGACCCCAAAUACUUGGGACUUCCAUUUGAAAUUAUCGACCUCUGCAAUGCAUACCCCUUCGGUCUGAGGGACAGUCAAUAUACGAAAUUUCUCUUCUUACCCUUUCUCCCUCCCCAUGAACGAGCCCUGCAGCUUAUGGAGUUAUAUUAUCGAAAUGUUGCAUGGAUGUUCGACCCAAUCGUACGAGAUGAUUUUAUGACAAAUAUUCUAACCCCGUUGUAUGGCCACACUGGUUCCCCUAACGUCAACAACAUCCACUCACACCGACUUUCCGUGUUUUUCAUCGUGCUAGCCUCAGGAGUCCUUUACGAACAAUCACCAUCUUCAGGGGUGCUUGCCGAACAGUACCAUGCACUUUCCCGCGCAGCGCUAUCCCUCGAUCCGAUCUACCAAGAUGCUACCUGUGCUACCGUACAGGCCCUCUUUAUGACCUUCGGACAUAUCUACCAGUCUGAUCGUACGAAUAACGAAGGUAGGUGGCUUCUAAUGGGCGUGGUGGCGAGAGUUGCACAAUUAAUCGGUCUACAACGCGAUAACGCUGGGUGGGGUCUAGGGCAGGAAGAAAUACAAAGACGACGCGUUUUAUUUUGGGAAAUCUACUCGGUCGACGCGUGGACAAGCAUCCUCAAUGGUCGCCCACCUGCAUUGAGCAUCAACCAUACAGACUGCUGGUUUCCAGAAGACCUCGAUCCCACGAUCAAACCUUCAGGUGCGGUUGAAAUGGGAUGGCACGCCUGGAAGUUCCGUUACUCGGCAAGCUGCUUAGGGAUUUCUGUGCAACAUGUCUUCAGCACACGUGUUCCAAGCUAUUCCGCAUUGCUCGAGUUGGACCGAAAAAUACGGAAAUUCAACCUGCCGUCGCAUUUACAAUCACCAUUAGAAGCCUCAGAAGCGGGGCGUUCUUGGUCUCCAGAAGCCCCUAAGGCAAUGCAGCAAUAUGCUGCACUGUGUCAAAGGGAAGCAAAUCUGAUGUACAUCCAUCGGAGCUGGUUCGUACAGGCUAUUCGAGAGACUCCUGCCAACCCCCUUCAGCACAAAUAUGCACCCUCGGUCUUAGCUGUAUAUCGCAGUGCAUGUCGGUUAAUCUCCAGCCUUAAUGGAUUGUACCGAGUACAUUCACAACCGACGGAUCAAACGUGGUUUUUCUGGUCGGCUAUCUUCUCUGCAUGCAUCGUUCUCGGAGCUAUAGUGGUGGAUAGUCCACAAUGUACUCUCGCGUCGAACGCAUUGCAGGAACUGGAAAAGGGGAUGGUGCUUUACGAAGAGGGAUCGCUUCCUUGUCGGCCUCCAGCAACUGUGCCUGUCCUCCACAAACUCCGUGAGCGCGCCUUCACCUCCCUCCAGGCCGCGCAGAGAGAUACCAGACAGUCACAAUCUCGUCGGUCAUCCAUAAACUCUGGUGAUCCAGACGUACUCGGACUUCGGGAGAGCGGCAUCACCGGCACGUCAUGGCGAUUCAGUUCGCCGGCUUCAAGUGCAAGCGCAUCCGGUUCAGACCGACGAUCAUCAGAACCGUCAGAUGCUGAUACAUCCAUGUAUUACGCAACACUGGCAAAUCCCAAUCUCGUAUUGCCAGCCACCAGGGAAUUCGAGCCGUAUCACGCUGCAACUUCGCAGGAGGAUAUCAACACGCCUUCACCGUUCUUUGACCCUGCGCUGCAAGCCGCGAUCAUGAUGCCAAGUAUGCAGUCCAAUCAGUGUAUUGCGGGUCCCAGUUCGAAUAUCCCUCCGCCACAACCACUACCAUUAUCGUAUCAGCAAGUGACACCCCAGAAUUUCUACGUCAACGAAGCUUAUCAUAAUAACAACCAGGAGGAAGUUUGGCGAAAAUAUAUUAGCAGCCUGGGAGUCAUGAAACCCUAG